CGCCCCGCGUUGCCUGCCCAAGAUGCCUCGGUUGAUGCCGCCGGCGCCCCGCGGCCAGGCUGGGCUGCUGGCGCUGCUGCUCCUCCUGCUGGCGGGCCGCGCCGCCCUGGCUCAGCGUUGGCACAAUGAAGAUUAUGAACGGCCCAUUGACCAGGAAGGUUCUGGAGAUGACGACUCCUUUGAAGAUGAAGAAAUUGAGGAAACAGAUGAGAUCUACUCAGGCUCUGGUUCAGGAUAUUUUGAACAGGAGUCUAGGAUUAAGACAGCUGUGCGGCUUACCACAGACCCUUCUAUUGGACUGUCAACAACCCCGGCAGUGUUGCCUGUCACAUCGGUACAGCCUGUAGCCACUCCCUUUGCACCAUUCCCGACAGAGGAAACCACCUACGAUCCAUCCACCAGUGGCCUCUAUGUAACUAGGGCGACCGAGGCGCCAGCAGUCACCAUCUGGAAAGCGGUUACCACCACAGCUGGCACCAGCAUCCGUGACACCACCACUGCCACUACCACAGCCUCCACCACCACGGCCUCUACCACAACUGCCGCUUCCAAAGCGACAACUGUCCCGAGAGUCCUGCCUCCCUUUAUCACAAUCGUAGCCACCACACAGGCUGUUGCUCUCGAAACGCCAACUGUAGUCACGGCGGCUCCCAGCACGGAAUCCACCACAGCUCCUCCGGUGACCACCAGCUUGACAAAGAUCAGAGGGAUGCCAAAGCCAAGCCCGUCACAGCAUCCAGACAUCACGCUGCUACUGCCUACAACUACAGCAUCAGAAUCAACCCAGACAGAGCCUCCUGAUGUGACCCUCUCCACGGCACUGAAUAACGAACUGGAAGUUCCUGUCAGUGGAGAUUUUGAAAUCCAUGAGGAGGAGGAGGACACCACUCGGACGGAGCUUGGUAAUGAGGUGGUUGCCGUGGUUACCCCAGCAGCAGGGCCUGGGCUGAAGAAGAAUGUUGAGCCAGGGCUCAUAGACAAUACGAUAGACUCUGGAAACUCAGCUGCGCAGCUCCCUCAAAAAAACAUCCUGGAGAGGAAAGAAGUGCUUAUAGCUGUGAUCGUGGGUGGAGUUGUAGGAGCCCUCUUUGCUGCCUUCCUGGUGAUGCUGUUGAUCUACCGGAUGAAAAAGAAAGAUGAGGGGAGCUACACAUUGGAAGAGCCAAAACAGGCGAGCGUCACGUACCAAAAACCUGACAAACAGGAGGAAUUCUAUGCAUAAAAAAACCACCGCGAGUGCCUCGCUGUUUCUUUGUCUUGAUGCCGUCCUUUCUCUCUUAUUCUCACCCAGCCUCUUCUCUCUAUUUCUAAUGGUUCUGUGAAAUUUUAACAAGAAGGAUAGAAACCUCUACUGUUUAUCACAUUUUUUUAAAAAAAAUAGGAACAGUCAAAUCAUGUUCCGGCACAGGAAGCAUUCAGAGGACCUAAACAGCGCAAGGAGACAGGUUGCAAUCUCAGUUAUCGCCUGGCCGUCUCCUGGGAUUGGUGCUUGAGUUAGCCACUUGGCCAUUUUUUUUUAUUAGCAACAGGACAUCCUGGACUAACGCCUCCUGAGAACUGGUGCAAUGACUUUCGUGUAUGAGGUGUUCCAUGUGAUUUAUGGCACUUGGCAAUGUUCUUGUAGACAAGAGUGUUACAGUACGGUUUACACUGACUUCCAGGGCAAGGAGACCAACAUCCUGCCUGCUCAUGGAGUGCCCCACUCAAGCAGAUUCAGGUUGUCACUGGGCCUCUGGAUUACUUCACUGGAGAACUCACAUGGUCUGUGGAGACCACCUUCAACCUCCACACCUUGCUUUGUUCCUGACAGCACACCUCUCAUUAUUGUUCCUGUUUUGCAGCUGCCUAACUUGGGACCUGCUAAGCUAAAAGAGGGUUUGAGCUCAACUUUGGGCCUCCAUUUGUUCAGCUGGGUUUCACUGUGACAUUUUAAAGGUCUCCUAGCACAGGACUCUGGGAUCAGGCAGAUGAACAAGCAAACCUUUCUCAGAGGAUUUAUUUAAAGGGAAGGAAAAUAGAUGCUCAAAAAAAGGCAUGCCUUGUAGAGGGGGGAAAGAAAUGAUGUCAUGCAUCUCACCCAUCUUGUUUGGCCUGUUUCUUCCUUGGACAGGGUGGCAGCGGGGAGGGGAAGGGAAGAACAGAAUGGAUGGAACAGAAUAAUGUGAGCCCGUGAUGUAUUUUAGCAAUUGUUUCGCUCCAUAUGAUGCUGUAUAUAAAUAGAACUUGAUAAAGAGGUGAUAAAGUAUGUAGACAGCUGCUGAGGAAACCUGUAUUUUCCUCCCAAAGUAGUAAUUAAUUGAUUGACAUCUGUCUGGGCGGGGG